AUCGUCGAAAUUCCAGAUUAGAAUAGUUCUAAAUUCCAACGUUAGCGUGGCGCCUGUGCAGGAUCGCAAGGGCUACAGAGCGUCAUUGUCAAUGCAUCUGCGAAGCUACAGCUCAGCACUAUAAUUAUCAAGCACCUCCCAUGUAUCGAAGGCGAUUUUUAGAUGGAAACCUAUUCUAUCUCCGUUGAUGCAUCUUGUCCGCUUGCAUGACCGGGAAUAGCGGCUCGUCCGUUUUAAUGGUAGCAGCUCAUUCUCGAUUCCGCUUGAGCAAGUGCGGGAGGAAGCAGUGACCGAGACCAAGCGACUGCCAGCAUGCGCUAUCGAGAGGGGCUCGUAUUGCUCCUGGGCUCGACCAUGGGAUGGAGUCCGGUGCUUGGGACUACAACCACGUGGCCAACGACGUGCUCGGCCGAAGCGGAUCAGGUGUGGCAAGCCACUUGCCCAAUGCGCACGGCAAAGAACACCAACUACGUCUCGCCAACGGGAAUGACAUCUGCACAGAUCAACGCUGAUGAGAACAAUGCCGCUGUCGCCUACAAAACAGCACGACAGAGUGCCCUCAAGUUGAGUGCCGUAGCUGGCAAUACUGCUAUGUCUGGAAUGCGCAAGAAGAGCGACAACUGGUACAAGCAGUCGUUGGCGAGUUUUUCCACUUAUAUCUGCGUGAAAUCCUCUUCGGAAGCUGAACUGGAGCGCUGCGUUGACCCCUCAAGCAGCGAUGCAGUGCGCGACAUCAACGGCAAGUGUGUUGUCAUGCUUGACGUCGACUCAUGCAACAGCAAAGGGAAAUGCGAGCGUCGGAGCAAUUGCAAGUGGGACGACGUUGUACCUGGCGGGUCGGAAGCUCGUCGCCAGCUUUUCACUGAUGCAGAUGUUACUACUGCAACCAAGUGGAUGUCAACGGGUUAUCCUAGCUCAUUGGCGCCUUUCGUGGCCCCCGGCACAGUCAUGGGUGUACUCACGGCGUUGGGCUGCAUUGGCUUCGUAGUGCUUCGUUGCGUCUUCAACCGCUGUGGUGGACGCGAGCCCAACGAGAAAGGAUAUACUCGCUGCGAUAUCAUUAUUCCGACACUCACCUUCCUAGUGUGCUCACUGGCAGUCUUCAUCUGUAUGGUCGUCACAGCAGCACUAAACACCAACAUAUCGGAUGGUGUCGAAGAUGUGCUGUACUCGUUGAAGGCCACUCUAGAGAACGCAAACAUCUUCGUGUCCAACCUGCUCAUUCCGCUGAACAACGCCACUAUCGAGCUUACUGUUGCGUCAAAGGCGGUGAACACUCAGCUCAAGAACUCCGACUGGAUUGUUACGGACGGCGCUACACUUAGAAAGAUGAUUGCGGACUUCGGAAGCAUUUAUUACAACCACGGAGCAUUCCCGACGCUGACCUGCGAUCCCGAGACAAGCGAGACGUUCUGCUUGGCAUGUCCUGACAGAGUGUGCGGCUCUCCAGUGACAUUCUUUGUCAACAACACUGCUGCUGCUAUCUCUGCUAGUAGUGAUGUGGUUGGAGAUACAGUCAGCUUGUUGCAAAGCUCGUUUGUGACCAACGGCAGUGCUCUCAAUACAACGUUGCGCACGGCAGUACGUGAUAUGACGGCCUUGGGUGCAACAACUAACAGCUCCAUGGACAUCGUGGACGUACUCACCACCACGUUCAACGACUUGUCCUUCUCCCGCAGUGCGCUUGUGGUUUGCGUCUUUUUGUUCGGAAUGAUCGCGUCGAUUGUGGGCAUCAUUGCCAUCGUCAAGAACGCAUGCACCACCAAGGCGACCAAGUGGGUACACUUGCUGCAUGUCAGCUGGUCCCUGGGUGUGCUAGUGUGUGUGCUGAGCUUCGUCCUGUCGGCAUCUCUCCUCGCUGUCGGUGCCGUGUGGUAUGAUUCGUGCGAAUACAUGAAGUUGCUGCACCAGGACAUGUCCCCGUACGCAUCGACACAGAUGGCGUCAAUGACUAAUGCCUGUUUCAACGGCAGCAAUAUUCUAAAACCGCUGGGUCUUGACACUCCGCUGUCAUUCUCGUGCAACGUAGAAGAUGAAUACAAGGUUCUCCAGGGAGCAGACACGACGAGUCUGCCGACUAUCAUCUCGACGUACGGCGAGAUCGUCUCCAACUUUGAUCUCACAGACUUUAGCUUUAACUCGACGAAGGCGAGGAGCCUUGUGUCCAAGCUUUCUACAGCAGCAGAGGCUGCCAAGAAGAAACCGGCCGUGAAGUUCACUCAAGAGAACGUCUUGACGCCUUGGCUGGCAUACAAUGAAGUGGCUACCUCCUAUGGCUGUACCAACAAGACCAACGACGAGUUGCCAGUGUGUUACAUGACGGGUCUGUGCGAGUCCGACACAACAGCCAAGACUACUUUGCAAGCCUCUUGUCAGCUCGCCUUCUACGAGGCCUACGAGUACUUACUAGCCUUCGACAAGGCAAGCACGAUGCUGGACGAGAUGCGCGAGGUUCUAUUGGGCGAUACGGGCAAAACGUUCCCGGACCAGUGGAACUACACGGUCUCUAUCAACGAGUUUGCCACCAAUUACUUUACAAAGAUCACAGCUCUACAAUCUGGUCCAUUGUCGAAGAUGCUUGGGGAUGACGGAGCUGUGCGCAACCUGCUGACAGCUGUGGAGCAGGCGCGUUGCUCAGGCGACUGCGCAUGGACGAAUCUUUCGUUCGACGCCAUUAACGAGGCGCUCUGCAACAAUGUUCUGGGCACGACGCUGGCCAUCUCGCUUUGCGCGCUGUUCCUGAGCCUAUUCCUAUUGCCACUAAUCAUCUCGGCUAUUAUCCUGCAGAAGCGUUUGCGCGGAGUCGCCAAGGGCACAUACGACCAGCUGGAGGCGAGGCUGCAGGAGCUGGAGCGCCGUGCCAAGCAGCAGAAGGCGGAAAGCGAGGGUCUUGCUGGCGGCGACGGUGCCAAGCCGGCGGCGGGUGGUCUCAGUGCGCUCGGUGGGCUCUUCAAAGGCAAGAAGGUUCAGCAGCCUACCAGCCCGUAAAGCUACACUUCAACCACUUCAACUUAGCUACAAUUGGCCAAUAUAAAAUGCAUUACUAACCAAUCAGCGGCG